AUGGCAAAUGCAGUCUUUCCUUUAGAUCUAUUUUUGUUCUUACUAUUUUCAUCAAUAUCUCUAACACUAGCAACAAAUUAUCCACUCUCCACAAAAUCACGAUGGAUCGUCAACGAGAGUGGCCACCGCGUGAAGCUAGCGUGCGCGAACUGGCCUUCACACCUUCAGCCAGUGGUGGCCGAGGGGCUAAGCAGCCAGCCAAUGGAUUCGAUAUCAAAGAAGAUAAGAGAAAUGGGCUUCAAUUGUGUUAGGCUCACAUGGCCACUCGAACUAAUGAUUAAUGACACUUUAGCCUAUAAUGUUACGGUUAAACAAUCGUUUGAGAGAUAUGGAUUGGAUCAUGAGCUUCAAGGGAUUCACAAUCACAAUCCAUCCAUUGUCAAUAUUCCUCUUAUCAAUGCCUUUCAGGCGGUGGUGCAUAGUCUUGGGAGAAACGAUGUAAUGGUGAUACUUGACAACCACAAGACCGUACCGGGCUGGUGUUGCAGCAACGGUGACCCGGACGCUUUCUUUGGCGACCCAAAAUUCGACCCGGAUCUAUGGAUGUUGGGUCUUAAGAAGAUGGCCACAAUCUUUAUGAACGUUAAUAACGUUGUUGGUAUGAGCCUGAGGAAUGAACUUAGAGGCCACAAUCAUACAGCAAAAGAUUGGUACACGUACAUGCAAAAAGGAGCAGAAGCAGUGCAUACAUCAAACCCUAACGUUCUGGUCAUACUCUCCGGGCUUGAAUUUGACGCUGACCUAACUUUUUUAAAAGAUCGUCCAGUGAAUCUUAGCUUCAAGAAAAAGCUUGUCUUGGAGCUUCAUUGGUAUGCUUUCACCGAUGGUACUGGUCAAUGGAAAUCGCACAAUGUCAACGAUUUUUGCAGCCAAAUCUUCGCUAAGGAGCGUCGUACCGGAGGUUUCCUUCUCGAACAAGGCCUUCCUUUGUUCUUGAGCGAGUUCGGGACCGAUCAAAGAGGCGGCGAUUUCGAAGGAAACAGGUACAUGAGUUGUAUGCUAGCAUGGGCGGCCGAGAAAGAUAUCGAUUGGGCGGUUUGGGCGCUAACGGGAGUUUAUUAUUUCCGUGAAGGUAAACGAGGUGUAGUUGAAGCUUACGGUAUGUUAGAUGCGAAUUGGCACAAUGUUCAUAACUAUACUUAUCUCCAAAGGCUCUCCGUGAUUCAACCACCGCAUAAAGGACCCGGUAUAAAGCACAAUCAUCACAAGAAGUUAUUCCAUCCGUUAACCGGACUCUGCCUAGUGAGAAAAUCGCCUUGUCAUGAGUCAGAGCUCACGUUAGGUCCAUGCACAAAGGAUGAGCCGUGGAGCUAUUCUCAUGGAGGUACACUUGAGAUCAAAGGAGGUACUCAAAGAUCUUGCUUAGAAGGCGAAACAAUGGUUGGAAAGAGCGUGAAACUUGGCACGAGAUGCACAAAGGUUAAGCGAAUAUCAGCCACAAAGAUGCAUUUGUCGUUCAAGAGUAAGGACGGUUCGUUGGUAUGCUUAGACGUGGAUUCGGAUAACAAUGUUUUUGCUAAUCGUUGCAAGUGUUUGACGGGAGAUAGUAGUUGUGAACCUGCAAGCCAAUGGUUCAAAAUCUUCUGA